ACGGAUUUCCUGUUGAUGAGCUUGACAUCAAGUGAAGUGUAUGACAGCCACUGUCAGUAUGUCUGGUGUCUGGCUGAAACUUGUAACCAUCGUUUGUCUCUCUUACACAGUUCUGACUGGUGCAGAGAUCAAAGGAGUAGUAUGGAAAAAACUUGGAGAAGCAAUCACAAUCCAGUGCAGAUUUGAAAACCAAAAGAACAUGUCUUUGAAGAUGGGUCUCAAUGGGUCUCUUGUCCUAAAAAAGUGUUCUCAGACAGAAACAGUUGGCAACCAGUUUCAUGGCAGACUUGUGUCAAAUGUAGCCUUCUCAAACAUGGAUAUUCUCAUCAAAAACUUGACCUCGAAGGACACAGGACCAUACUGGUGUGAGUAUAACAUGUGUGACAAAGAGGCCAAAGACACCAAAACCAUGAAUGGAACAGGAUCUAUACUCCUGGUGGUGACAGAUGACAGACAUACAACAACAGAUGCAGUACAUGGGUGUGAAUCAUCACAUCAGAAGCUGGUCCUGGUGUCUGUUGUGAUUGCUGCUGCUGUGCUGCUUGGCAUCAUCAUGGCUUUCUUCAUUAGGAUCAUCCUUAAGGCCAAACACUUGUGCACCACGGUGAAGCCGAGGCGUGUCACCACCAACGAUGUUUAUGAAGACAUGCGUGGAACACUCAGACGCUAAAGAUCAAGUCAGCCUGCAAGCCUGCAAGCAGCCAAUACUUAAUACUCAUUAAUUAUUCCCUUCCUCUGAUGGUCAAGUGAUGCAUGUGAAAAGGGUAGCAAGUCAGCAUGUUUUGUGACAUACUCUAUAACCCUUUCAGGCUUGUGUAUGUGUAAGAAUAUGCGUCAAGCAAAAUGGUACAACAUUAUAACAAUUUGUGUUGCCUCAGAAGAUUAGAUACAAAUAGUUUGGCACAAUGUGUUGUUUGAAACAACCAUGUAAUAAGUAGAAAAGCACACAUUUUACUUUUUGUGACUUUGGUGAUUUAAAUAUUUUUGUUAAUUUCAGCAAGUUCUAAGAUACCAUACAAUGUAUUGUAAUAAUAAGUGUAAAUUAAACAAUGUAUUGUUGGAAUUUAUUUUUCAAAAUAAAGAUUCUGUUGAUGAUA